GGAAUCCACUGGAGAACUUCUUCUGCGCGACUGUAUAUGUUUUCAUGUUUAAAGUGAGAGCGGUGGAGGUCAGUCGGGAGCGUACAGUAGCAGACGGAGGCGUGCUCAACACCCGCAUGUGACCCAUUGCUUAGGGAGAAACAGGUGGAUGCAGGUCAGAUUGGAGACGGAGAGCAAACGGAGCAUCUCCUGCCAGAGGUAAAACAGGCCCGUUUUGGAUUCCUCCAACAGACAUCAAGUUGGUUUUAUCAAUCGGAAGGCCUUAUCCCAGCAAUCGAAUGCAUUUGUCACUGGACACCAUGAACAUGGUGGAUGACAGCUGUCUUUCGCCCAGUAAUUUCCAUGAUAUGGUCAAAGCUGGGGGCGCAGUGGUUGGCACUCGUGUCCACAGCAUAGAUGUGAUCCUGGGCUUCAACAAGGACCAGGAUUCGUUGCUCAACCCUGGAGCCAAUGCUGUAGCACACAAAGUUGGAGGGGAGAGUCUUGGAGAACCAGGAAAGCUGGACCAACGGGUUCAACCUUACGGACAUCUGCCACCCCUUAGGGAUGGAUCGGAGCAACCUACAUUUCACGAUGCCGACAUGUUCUCCAACAAAUGUGAUGGGGACCUGGGGGACCUGCGGAAAGCCAUCGAGAGUGACAGCAAGUCUCCGGAUUCAGCCGAUGGGGAGCAGCCCAAAAAAAAGCACCGCCGCAACCGCACCACCUUCACCACAUACCAGCUCCAUGAGCUUGAGCGAGCCUUCGAGAAGUCACACUACCCUGACGUUUACAGUCGUGAAGAGCUAGCCAUGAAAGUCAAUCUUCCUGAAGUUCGAGUGCAGGUUUGGUUCCAGAAUCGCAGAGCCAAAUGGAGGCGUCAGGAAAAAAUAGACGCGAGCACCAUGAAGCUCCAUGACUCCCCCAUGCUCUCCUUCAACCGCCCGUCCAUGCACCCCACCGUGGGGCCCAUGAACAACUCGCUACCCCUCGACCCUUGGCUGCCCUCGCCUCUAUCCAGUGCCACUCCAGUGCACAGCAUCCCAGGGUUCAUGGGUCCUACACAAGGACUGCAAACGGGCUAUCCCGGUCACAGUUUCCUCAGCCCACCCCAACCCAUGGCACAAAGCAUGCAGCCCAUGGCGCCACCUCCAUACCAAUGCCCUCCUCCCUUCACCGACAAAUACCCUCUGGAGGAUGUAGAUCAACGUAGUUCAAGCAUUGCCGCACUGAGGAUGAAAGCCAAGGAGCAUAUCCAGUCUAUGGACAAAACCUGGCAACCCAUGUGCUAAGACGUCUCUCUUUUGACUGUAAGCCUUUGUGUUUCUGUUGUCAAAUCAAGAACUUGCAUCGGACGGUUCACUUGUUCUCUGGGUCAGAAUAUUUUGGGGCAGCAAAAACAAGUUGUGCCAUUAUAUUUAUUCUUUCUGCAACUGGAUGCAAGCUUCCGAUGAAAACUGUUGAGUCUUGAGGAUGAAACAUUUACAAGCAAUUCUUCAUAUGUCUUUUACUGCGUUAUCAUUUUCAGUGGUGAGUUUGGAAUAUCUCAAGCGUGUCCCUGGAGAGAAUUUUCAAAACAACUUUAGAACUUUACACUGUGUUUCGUUUUAGUUUACACGGCGACCCUUCAAGCUUCAAGAGUUGCCGGUUUAAAAUUUUACAUAUUAAACUCUGUAUUUCAAAUCCCAUAGAUAGGACUUUACUCCUAGGAGCACAACAAUUGCAAUCCCACAUGUAGGACCAUACUACUCAAAGGGUUAAACAAUUUCCGAGUGGUACCAGAGUGACUGAAAUGUGAAUAUGAGGGUGUGUAUGGCAUCACACGACCUCUGUCUACAAAUUCACACUUCUUCCCGAAGGCCUGCUCCUGAUGUUUUGGGUUGACAUACAAUAUAAAUAUGGUCAUUGGUUGAAAAAAAAGGACCUCUAGGCAGCAGAUUUCAUGAGCAAUCCCUCGGCAUGGACAUGGGACAGAAACGAUUAGUCUGGUGGAGAAGUUUGUACGCCUCAGUGUGCAUUAGAGGCGAAUAUUUUUGGCAGAUCCAUCUUCUGUACGUGCGAAGGAGCAGAAGGGGAAACUAUCAGCCCCCACCCCACAAUGACUUUCCCUUUGUUUAGACCAGUUGAUCCAAAUCGGAACUUUUUGUUUCAACUUCUUAUAGGGAUUGAUGGUCAGAGAGUGUCACUCUAAGACACCAAUCAAAAUGGAUGAUAGAUUAUAUUAAACAUCGGCGCCGUGCUUUAGUGGCCUUUUGGAUCACUAAGAGAAUAUUUUGCAAUCAAAACAGACCGUUUCAUUGUCCACAAACACGCAAGUGGGAUUUGCUGCUUAUUUUUUGAAAGGAAACUCACUCAGUUCAUGUUGCCAGAGUUCUGUAGCAAAAUAAAAUACAUAUAGCUGUGUUUGACUAAUAAUGGUUCGGACCUUUAGAUACGAUUUGAGGGUGUAUUAAACUUUUGAGAUGGUUGAAUUGUUGAACAAACUAUGCUUACUAAUGAUUGUCUUAGUUUUGUACGGAUGUUGAGAACGAGAGUUUAUAGAUGUUAUGAUUUUAUACAGUUGAUCAAACUGUACAUUUCAGUUAUUUUUCAUUUAAUGUCGUUUUACACAGUUCUGAUAUUGAGACCUUUGGGCCAUACAUUAAUUUACAAACUGCAUCUAUGAUGUUUAGGUAAUUUGCACAGUUUGAACAACUGAAAAGCCAAAGUAAGACAGCAAUAUGACAAUCACGGGCAAAAAAUAUGCGUAUAUGAUCUUAUUUUUGUCGAAAAAAAAAAAAAAGAAUGUGGUUUUUAUGUUUGUAAUGUGUCCUAGACGUUUUCACAGUUGACUUUAAAACAAAAUGUUCUUAAAAAUAAACAAAUCUAGUUUCUCAGA